ACGUUUUAGUAGACGGCAUUACAAUGCUUUUUGCAAAACAUUUUCCAUAAGAAAAAUCCAAUAACCAUCUUUAAAACUGAUACUGGGAAAACAAGAAUAUUUUAACAAACAAUUGGUUGUUAAUGUUAUCACAGAUGCAGGCGGCAAAUAAUAUACGCACACGGAAUACAUGUUUGCUAACAAUUUUUAUAAGCGUCAUAGAACUAAUGGCAAUGGUAUAAAACGUUCGUUUAGUAUACUUUAUCGUUACUCUGGUUUAAGUUUUCGGUUCUUUCGCAAAGUGGUUUCUGAGGAAAAUACAAAAAUUCUAUAUCCAUGAAAAUGUCGUUUAAGUUCAUUUUCAUAGCAACCGUUAUGGUUAGCUACAGUUUAAAAAUGGCGUCUACAACUAUAAGCAUUGUAGAUGAAUAUGAGGAAGAAGAAGGCAAUUUGGAUCCAUUAAUUCGUGUUCAAUGUAGCUACAUACAUAGUGCUCAAAUGUACAUGGAGAUGAUCGUGGAAUUACUUGAAGAUACAGAUAAGUUGGCGGCAGUUCCUCAAGGUAAAGAUCUAUCGUAUACCAAACAAGCUGCUAAAAUCAAUGCGACCUUCCAUAAUGUCGUUGGGAUGCAGAAUACUGGUUUACAGAACGUAAUGUGGAUAUUUUCAAUGUAUGCCGAGAGAGUACUGGUGUACAUGGAAUCUGUCAUAAAAAAGGUCCCGGCCGAAGAUCAAAAAAAAAUCGUAUCUGUUCACCAAUCCGUAACUUAUUUUCUCGAUAAUUACAUGGACACUGAUGUCUGCGCCGAUUAUAAUAAGAACGCAGGGAUGGGUUUAGACGUCUUGCGGAGUAGUACUGAUAAUUUGGAAAUUCUACUGACUACUCUCGAAACUAAGACAUCAGUUUUCAUGCAGCGAAUAGACAUAAACGCCAACGAACACGGUAUCAGCACCGACGGGCACGAACAGUUUAGUUUGAACGUGUUGAGCUUGAACGGACUGCUGGCAGACAUGGAAGCGACUAAACAAAUUUUAGAGAUUUCUGGAGUAGAUCUAAAUUGGGACCAGGUGUUGCUGCAUUUAAAAAAAGAUUAUGAUCUGGGAACGCAAGCCAACGGUAAUAAAUUGAGUCAACAGAUAAAGUCAUUGAUAGAAUUUAAUGACGAGUUUGCUAAGAUGGUAAAAAAAAUCAUGAUUCGUCUGAUGCACAAGACCUUAAUAUAUAAAGAAUACCCGGAUAACUGGAGCGAAAUGGGACCUAAUAUUGUUGAGUUAUACAACUAUUUGAGUCCACAAGAUGAUAUGAAUUACAUAAUAAGCAUGGUUGAAAAUGACACUAACGUUUCAAACAAGUGGGAGACUAUUGUCUCUUUAAAAAUGCAUCUAUGUGAUUUACGUUCGCCGUAUAACUUUACCGAUUUGCGCCCAUCUAGUAACCAACAACCGUGUACAGAGUUUCUACAAGCCGUAAAACGUUUUGUCAACACUUUCAAAAAUAACGCUUUAUCUAACAUAAACUUCAGUAUAAUUAAAACAUUUAGACAACUUACAUCUACAGACGAAUUCAAAAUUUUAGUACAUUCCGAACGUGCUGCGGAAAUACUUAACUCUAUAGCACAAAAUGUGUCAUUAGAUGAUAUUGAUUAAAAUAUAAUAAUUAAAGCCAAUUAGGGUGCAUAGGUUUGCUGUAAUAUUAUAAUAAAGAUUAAAAAAAACAAUUGUCAUAUUCUCCUCCAAUAUAACUUAAUUCUUUACUGUACUGUUUAUGCAUUUCAUUUCAAUUAUGUCAAAAAUGUC